AUGCCUACCACAUCAAUCACGGAGAUGAAAACUGCUGGCCAGGUGCUGUCUACCACACCCAUGAAAGGAAGAAAAGCUCCACCAAGUCAUUACACAUUCAAAAUUCAGUCCUUCUCAUUGCUUUCAAAGGCCUCCAUUGAAAAAUGUGUCUCAGAAGAGUUUGAAGCAGGAGGUUAUAAAUGGAGUCUAUCUAUUUACCCAACUGGGAACACAAAAGGAAAUGGACAAGGUCAUGUUUCUAUUUAUUUGAUGCUUAUGGACACAACUUCAUUACCUAAUGAUUGGGAAAUCAACGCGAUUAUAAACUUUUCUGCAUACAAUUUUAAUGACGACGAGUAUGUUACAACACAUGAUGCAACUGUUAGGCGUUUUCAUGUCAUGAAAACAGAAUGGGGUAUCUCGAAAUUCAUCAACCUUGAAACAUUUCUUAACCCUUCAAAUGGAUAUCUGAAUGACGAUGAUUGCGUUUUCGGAGCCGAAGUUUUCAUCGUGAAGACCACGAAUAAAGGAAAUUGCUUAUCGAUGAUACAGAAAUCUGCCACAGUUUCACAUAGCUGGAAAUUUAGCAAAUUUUCAUUUGCAAAUUUGGACAAUUAUGAGUUUGAAUCAUUUGUAGCUGGAGACUAUAAAUGGAAGCUUCUGUUAUACCCUAACGGAGUAGUUGAAGGAAAGGGUAUAUGCGUUUCAUUAUUUUUAGCUUUGGAUGCUUCAACUCUUCCAGCUAACACUAAACUUGUUGUGGAAUGCACUCUUCGUGCCAAAGACCAAAUCAGCGGCCAACAUGCUCAACGAAAAUUUAAUCGCAAAUUCUCCAGCUCAAAUUUAGUGUGGGGGUCUAGACAACUCGUGACUUUGACUAAGCUAAAAAAUCUGAGUAAUGGGUUUUUGGUGGAAGAUACUUGUAUAUUUGAAGUUGAGUUUUUAGUUGUUGGAUUAGUUACACCUAGAAUUGAUUGA